AUGAUUAUUUAUGUGUUUUUACUAAGUUUUAACUUUUUUUUAGUGUUAAAUCGGUUAAUUGUGAUCUCCGGGCCAUCGGGAUCAGGGAAAUCAACUUUAAUUCGUCGUUUAUUCUCUGAUCAUCCAAGAUGCUUUGGUUUUUCUGUUUCUCAUACGACUCGUCUGCCACGGGCAACUGAGAAAGAUGGUGUACAUUAUCAUUUUAUAACGAGUGAACGUUUUUCUCAGCUAGUAUCAGAAGGAGCGUUUAUUGAACAUGCUGUUUUCUCUGGGAAUAUGUAUGGUACAACAAUUAAAGCAGUUGAAGAUGUGAUGGCCAAGGGCUAUACAUGUAUUAUGGAUAUUGACAUUCAGGGUGCUCAAUCAAUGAAACGAGCGCCGAUGCAUGCAAAAUAUGUAUUUAUAGCACCGCCUGAUUUGAUUGUUCUUGAGAAAAGACUGAGAAGAAGAGGUACUGAUACAGAAGAGAGCAUACGAGAACGGCUAGCAAGAGCAGCUCUUGAAUUAGAGUAUGCAAAAACACCGGGAUCUUAUGAUUUGGUAUUAGUGAAUGAUGAUUUAGAUGAGACGUAUAAAAAGCUGGAGAAAUUUUGUUUGGAAGAGAUACCUUGA